AAUAAUACGUUGGAGCCGAACCAAAUGGCGAGUCCUAAAAUCCAGUAUGGCAUCAGCGGGGAGAACAUCAGCCAGAUAAGCGACGACGAGUGCCAAGGGGGAAUCUGCCCCUCCUGCAGGCUCGCCAUCAACAAGGACACGGGCAGGCUCAAAUGGUGCAUGGGUGGGAAUGACGCUUGGCGCACGCGGAUACGGCUCAUGCUAAUCAUCCCGGCCGUUAUUCUUCCGGUGGCGAUCGUCAUCAUAGCCCUGUCCAAGUCCACUGUCAUUGGCAAAUUAUCGAUGCGACCGGGCCAAGGCGACGGCGGUCCUGCGUCUUCAAAUCUCCUCGAGCAUCAGGCGCAGUAUUACACUUUCCCAAUAUCGAAUGAUAUCGAACAGUCCGAGGGAGGCAAGAGAAUAAUUUUACAUCCAGACGUGGAAACGAGCUUCGGGUCUGCCGAAUCCUCGAUCGGAACUCAAAAUCUUCGGCGCCAUAGAAGGAACGCGGAGCAGGGCGAGACUCGACGGAGCGGAGCUGCGGCGUCGACGAGGAGACGGUGGAGAGUUGCGGACGACGAGCCGCUUCAGGAACUGCCGGGAACGAAGGUUCGAGGUAGGAGAGGCAGGAGGUCGGUCGGCGCCGAAGCGGUCACCAGGAAGGGACCGCGGGCCGACGGGGGCUCGGCCGACGGGAAGGACUACGAUAGUCGAGGCGAGUCGAGCUCCAGGGAGAGCGAGGAUAAGAGCACAGAGAAGGAAGAGGAAGAGAAGGAGGACGUGGCUGAAGCAGAAGAAGAAGAAGAAGAAGAAGAAAAAGCAGAAGAAGAAACGGCGGGGGAGAGAUCGUCCGCGAGUCUCGAGGAUGACGUUGGUUCGCGCUGGCGUAUAACAAAAAACCUCGAUGAUUCCUUGUUUCAUAGCGAGGAGGCUGCGGAAUUCUUAGGCUUUCGUACUUUUUGGAAAGGUGACUGGAGCAAAGACUUUAUUCGAAAAGCGCAAGCGCAAAUGAUGCUGAAGUACAUGGAUAAGGCGGCUGAUCCCUGCCAAGACUUUUACCAAUAUGCUUGCGGCAACUGGGAACAUUAUAAUCCUAUUCCGGACGACAAGGCUGGUUUUGACACUUUCGAGACUUUAAGGGAGUCCCUCAAUGUCGUUCUGAAACAACUACUCGAGAAUCCCGUGGGAAAGAGCUCCGAGUCCUACGAGGGUAGCGCCAUUGCAAAGGCUAAGAAUUUAUUUCGCAGCUGCAUGAAUUACGAGAUCUUGGAGCAACGAAUGGGGAAGCCGCUCCUGGAGUUCUUGGACAAGCUAGGUGGUUGGCCAAUUUUGCGACCAGACUGGGAUCCUAAUAAAUUUGACUGGCUGCUAGUCGUUGCCCAGCUAAGACUUUACAACAAUGACAUUUUGAUUUCGGAAUGGGUCGGGCCGGACAUCAAAAAGAGCGACCAAUAUAUCAUACAAUUGGAUCAAACGACACUCGGCUUGCCAACAAAAGAUUAUUUUCUUCAUCCUUCGAACGCAAUUUACUUAACGGCCUAUAAGAAUUAUUUGAUCUCUGUCGCAACUCUGCUCGGGGCAUCGGUCAAAACCGCAAGCACUCAAGCCGAAGAACUUAUUCAAUUUGAAAUACAACUUGCAAACAUCACGAUAUCCCCCGACGAGAGGCGCAAUAUAUCGGACUUGUACAAGCGAGUGACUCUGGAUAAAUUAUAUCGAACGAUACCGCAAAUCGAUUGGCAACGUUAUUUAUCAAUAAUCCUGGCUCGACCUGUAAAUUCUUCCGAGCCAAUCGUUCUGUAUGCGGUUAACUAUUUUCAAGACCUUGUGAAGCUGCUUUCGCAAACACCGCGCAGAGUAAUAGCUAAUUAUCUUUUUUGGCGUUUUAUUCGACAUCGGGUAAACAACUUGGACGAUCGAUUUCAAGAGGCGAAGCAGACGUUCUAUUACAUUUUAUUUGGAAGGGAGAAGUCGCCAUCUCGGUGGAAAAAUUGCGUAUCGCAGGUGAACUCUAACAUGGGCAUGGCGGUCGGCUCAAUUUUUGUGAGAAAGUAUUUUAACGAGCAGAGUAAAAACGACACACUGUCGAUGACUCAUGAGAUCCAGCAUGCGUUUCGCGAGCUGCUGAAUAAAUCGAAUUGGUUGGAUCCGAUGACGAAUCGAAUCGCCAGUGAAAAAGUCGAAGCGAUGCAGCUCCGCAUCGGAUACCCUGAUUUUAUUCUGGACUCCAAGGACCUCGACAGCCGCUACAAGGACGUAACCAUUCAUCCGGACAAAUAUUUCGAGAACAUUUUGAACAUCUUACGCCACUUGACGAGGAUCGAGCAGAACAAACUGAACAGUCCCGUAAAUAAGACAACGUGGAACGCGGCCCCGGCAAUAGUAAACGCUUAUUACAGUCGCAAUAAGAACCAAAUUAUGUUUCCAGCUGGCAUACUGCAGCCACCCUUUUAUCACAAAGACUUCCCGCGAAGCCUCAAUUACGGGGGCAUAGGCGUUGUCAUCGGGCAUGAGAUCACCCACGGCUUCGACGACAAGGGCCGGCUGUUUGACAAGUACGGGAACCUCCAUCGAUGGUGGAGCGAUGAGACCAUCAACGAGUUCAAUCAAAGAGCCUCUUGUCUCGUCGACCAAUAUAGUAAAUACGUAGUUAAAGACGUCGCAAUGCAAAUUGAUGGGAUCAAUACACAGGGGGAAAAUAUUGCUGACAACGGCGGUAUAAAACAAGCCUUCAGAGCCUACGAGCAGUGGCUGAUGUUAAAUAAGAACGCGAACGAGAGUCUACCGGGUGUCGAGGCCACGGGCAGGCAGCUGUUCUUCCUAAAUUUCGCGCAGAUCUGGUGCGGCUCGAUGCGGCCCGAAGCGAUGAAAAACAAGUUGAAAACGGCGGUCCAUUCGCCGGGUAGAUAUCGCGUCAUCGGCACUCUAUCCAACUCGGAGGACUUUGCCAAGGUCUAUGACUGUCCCCUCGGCAGCCCCAUGAAUCCCAUGAAAAAGUGUUUGGUCUGGUGACGGCGUGCCACUGCCAACGAGAGCCUCCUUCUCUUCCUCGUCCUUCU